CAGUGAUUGGGCAAUAAUAAGGUAUCGGGACAGCAAUAAUGAGCUCGAGGAGCAGCAAGUUCGGCACCAUCAACUACUCGGUGGACGAGAUGCGGCGCCUGAACGUCAAGGUGCGUGCUGUACUGCCGCUAGCGGGCGAAGACUGGCUGUGCGUGGCCUACCAGUUCAAUCACCAGCGUCCGGAGGCCGUGCCCUACCGUGAAGUGGAAAGUCUCAAGCGCAAAUUUAAGAAAAUGUACUGCACAAGGGGCAAGUCGCUGCCCGACUACGUUAUGGAGGCUAAGGAACUGCGUAGACUCAUCAGCCAACGCUUGGACAAGGCAACAGCCAAAGAGACAGAGACGGAAGCGGAGCAGGGGGCGAGAGAUCUAACUCUUAAGCUACGGCAGAUGGAGGACGAGUAUCAUAGGACGCUAGAGGAGAAAGGCACAGAAGUGGCGGAAGCUGUUGCGUUACAGGAGCAAGAGUUUCAGGUUGUGACGUCGACUUCGGGAGUUAUUGCAAUGUUGAGGAAGAGGGUGGAGAGGAAGCGAUGCUUGGUGGAGGAACAGGUGCUGAAUGAGAACACUCGUGUGCGGAGAGAACGCAAGAGACGAAAGAUGGAGCAGGUGCUUCAAUCAAUUCAGCAGGAACACUGCGGACGGGAAGUGGCGAAAAAUGGAAGUGCUGCAGUGACGGAGGCAGAUACAGAGGUUUUGGAGACUGGAAAUCUGCCACUGGACUGCCGGCAAAGUAGGCAGAAAGUUUUAUCUGCGCUGUCCAGUGACACAUCUGCAGUGCCGCCAUUAUCAGCGUCGCCCCACCCUACGAACCAACCGAGUUCAACACAGGAUACGUCGCUUUGCAUGAUGGAACUGCUGCUGCAGUUUAUGACAGCACAACAAAGGGAAAAUGCUCAACGACUUGAAGUGGAGAGAGCUCGUCGGGAACAGGAACGGCGAGAACGUGAAGCGCGUCGACAGCAACAAGAACUGCAGCGACAGCGAGAACACCGUGAGCUUAUGCUCGCUAUGGGAGCGUUGAUGGGUGAUCGCUUUCCAGAUUCGCUAAAGCAUUAUUUAAACAGAGAAGAGCAGCAACAACAAUCGGGAACUCCAACGCCUCAGAACACGAAUCUAGAAAACAGUGCGAGCAGGAAUCGAUCCACUGAGCAAAGGUCGUCCUUGUCAACUUCGCCAAUGACAACCGACCCGCGCCGUACUAAGAUGAGUGACAGCGUUGAGGAGAGCUGUGUCAAAACGCGUGUAGAGCAUCAGGCUGGUGUUCAAGUCGACAAAUUUAACGAUGCUGUAACUCGGUGUGAGGGAACUGAUAAAGUUUAGCUUAUCAUUACAUUAUGAAGUAAACAAUGUACUAAGUACUGAUAACAUUGCUAUCAUCCCUAGCUACCAAUUUCACGCCAUUUACUCGCUCAGAAA